AUGGAAGAACGAGAUGACAGGAAAUAUGAAAGCAGUUACAAUGACAUAACCGUCCACGAACUCAUGCUCAGAGAUGACAGCAGGACACUGGCCUACAAAAAGUUCAUUGAAGAGAAUCCACAUUUCUUUAAGCGGAAAGUCGUAAUGGAUGUUGGGGCUGGUACAGGAAUCCUGUCACUGUUUGCUGCUAGUGCAGGAGCGAAAAAAGUUUAUGCAGUAGAAGCUAGCAACAUAAGUAAACUCUGCAAGAAAAUAAUAGAAAAGAACAAGGUGGAUGGCAUAGUUCAGGUGAUUCAUGGAAGGGUGGAGGAGGUGAGCAUACCUGAAAAGGUAGACGUCAUAAUAUCCGAAUGGAUGGGCUUCUACUUGCUGCAUGAGUCCAUGCUGCAGUCGGUGAUAGUGGCCAGGGAUAGGUUCUUGAAACAAGAUGGUCAGAUAUUUCCAUCCAUUGCUAAUCUCUAUGCAUGUCCAACAUCACUGAAGUCUCACCAUGAUGAGGUCAACAAGUUCUGGAAAAAUUUUUAUGGCUACAAUUUCAAAUCAACUACAACAUCCAACAAAGAGCCAAAGAUCCUAACAAUAAACCCAAAAGAUUUAAUAUCAGAUCCACAUUUAAUCACGGCAAUUGAUCUGAUGUAUGCAGAUGUCAACGAUUUCAACAUCAUCUCCACAUCACUGAAAUUCGCAUUCACCAAGCAUGACAUCAUGAGAGGCAUAGCUCUGUGGUUCGAUGUAAUUUUUGGAAAUGAAGAUGAUGACAACGAACCCAUUACAAAGAAAAUUAGUCAAGCUUCUAACACAUUACUGGAAUCCUCAGGCACAUCUCUACAAGUUUUUUCUCCGGGGUCCAACAUUAUGAAACCAGUUACUCUCUCGACAUCUCCACUACAUCCAGCCACACACUGGAAGCAAACGGUUAUUCCGUUCUUUGAAUCGUACUUUGUGAGGCCGGGAUCCUGGUUCAAAUGCGAAAUGAUCCUCACUCAAGAUGAAUUGCACAAGAGGAGGUACAACAUAACAGUCGAAGUUGAAGACAGCGGUGGUGAUAAGGAGGAGGAUGAAAUUAGUGACGUCAGUGAUGACAUCAGAGCCGAACUUGAAGAAUUAGUAAAAAACAAAAUGGAAGAAAAUUGA